CUUCAUCGUGAUCUAAGCCUUUCUUGAAUUAUAUAUAGCACAUAGUUCAAAAUAUUGUUGUAGCAAAACGCGUUAUAUCGAUUCAAUCAAUCCAUCUGAUUAUCUGAAAGUAUGGCAUUUGAGAAAGAUCUUAAUCUUGAUGAGACCGAGCUCCGAUUAGGCCCUACCAGGAACAUCAGAGGAGUCGGAGAGGGCACAAGUCGUAGGUUGGCCGCCGAUUCGAUCUUACAGAAAAAACAGCCUCCGAACGAUGAAAACCGAGGAGGAAACAAUCGGAAUGUACAUCAAAGUUAGCAUGGAUGGAGCUGCUUAUCUUAGGAAGAUAGAUUUAAAGAUUUACAAGGGAUACCCAGAAUUGCUUAAGGCCUUGGAAGACAUGUUCAAGUUCAAAAUUGGUAAAUAUUCAGAAAGGGAAGGAUACAAUGGAUCAGAAUUUGUGCCUACGUAUGAAGAUAAAGAUGGUGACUGGAUGUUAGUUGGAGAUGUACCAUGGGAGAUGUUCGUUAAUUCUUGUAAAAGACUGAGAAUCAUAAAACGAUCAGAAGCAAGAGGAUUGGGUUGUGUUGUAUGAGAACCAUGGAUUUAAAUUGCGGUUGUGAUCGUAUUUUCGGUUGUGUUACGUUGAUGACAUAGUCGAAAUUAUUCCGUGAUUAUUAGUAUCGCAAUUAUACAAUAAUAAUUUUAGACUACACAACUACCGUUAUAUAGUAGUUGUUAUUAUGAAAGUAGAGCACUAUUUAAAUCCCUGACUAGAGCCAUAAUUGUACAAAUUUUAUGGGUUUUUUCUAUACAUGAUUCUCAUUAAUUUUUGUAGAAUUUGUACACAGGGAAACGUAUAAGAUUCAUAAGGUUUUCCUUUUUUUACAUGUAUCAUGUAACAAGGAAAUUUUAUAUUAUUGAUUUAAAAGAUAAAUCAAAUCCCAUUUUGUA